UGUUAAUGUCGUUGUGGUGUAUGAGUGAUUAGGCGUUGGAAAGACCGAGAUGUCCCGGCGCAUGCACGCAGCCACUGAGCGCAUGAAUAUCAUCUCCAGUGUGCCACUUCGGAAGUAGGUCACCGCUCGCCGAUUUGUUCACCAUGUCUUCGGCGACUGCUCGCCGAUCGCUCCACGACUCGACACAAGCAGUCCGACUGAAACGAAACUAACCAGCAGCGAUUUAAAAAAAAGGGGGUUGUUGUGUAUGUGUGUGCGUGUAUGUAUGUAUGUGUGUGUGGUCUAGUUUAAAAUCCCGACGGGACACGGAAGCUACACGAUGAACCGCGGCGGUGGUUCCAGGCGGAGAUGAUCGCUCCGUCUCCGCUUCGAAGCUUCUCUUCAACUCGCCCGUGAUUCGAAGCUCUUGCGCGGACUGCUCCGAACCUCCGCGAUGGAUUGAUCGAUCACCGGGUGUUUUGGAGUCGUUUUUUUCUUUUUUUCACUUCGGAUCUCGGCGCUCCUGCCCCGGCAUGCUGUCACACUGACCGCGGCCAAAGAGUGGAUGGCCACAGUUGAUGAUCCAUGAUGGUUCCUGCUGACGGGCCGCUCUGAGCUCCUACCACUGUUGUAGACGGAGUAUCUGCUCCAGGAGGAGACCAUGGUGAAAGUUCAGCGAAGUCAGCAACCGAAAGGUGGGAAGUCCCACAGGGAGAAGGGCGGCAAAGAAAAGGGAAAUGGAAUGAGAAAAGGCAGAGAGAGAAUGAAGGAACAGAAAGGAAAGAAGCAGGAGAUGACAGAGUCACACCGAUUUAAGAAGAAGGUCUUUGCUGAGAGCGUGAGAGAUGCACUGGAUUGUUGUGUCCUGCUCACACGUUUGGACGAGAAGGUAGCUAUAGAUAAGGACAUGCGGAAAAUUCGCAAAGAACCAAGAGUGCAUGUCAGAAAGAAGCAAGACACCUCUGGAAGCAGAAUCACAUGUCACAAGUUAAAGAAAUCAGCUUCUCAACAAGCACUGGAACCAAAAAGUGGCAAAUCUGACGCCUUACUUGUGCGGCCCCCGCUUUCUCCUGAGCCUCGCAGGAGGAGAAUGGCCUCUCUCAAUGCAGAGGCUGUCAACAGUUUGCUGCUCUAUAGAGCCGAUUCCCUCGCAUCCAAUCUGACGAAGAAAGAGCAGCCUUCAAAUGACGCUCUGCCUAAAGGUGAAAGGAGACCUCAUAAAGCCAAAAAGGUUCUCCCAGGAGGGAAAACAGACCUCAAGGAAAGUCAUAAAAAAACGAAGCGAUCCACGGGGAAGACUCCGCCAGUCGACUGGUUGAGUUUGUUUGCCCCGACCCCUCGGCGUCAGGCAGGCCUCACUGCUGCGACACUGCUCAAACUCACCAGUUCCCUCUAUGGAAACAAACGGCAAAAGAAGCAGGAGUCCAAGCCUGCAAGCGAAAGUAAAGCUAAGGAUUCAAUUGAGGUUGAGAUUAGUGGUAAGCCUUUAAGUGGAGCAACACUGCAGACCAAAAGAAGAACAAAUCCAAAACACAAUGAGCAGCUAAAGCACAUUAAACAGGGUAAAGAGAUUCCAGCUCAUUCCCAACCGGGCUCUCCUGUCCAGGGAUGUUGUAGUCUUUGUAAGACGGAGGCUUUGGACUCAGAGUGGAAGUCAGGUGGACAGGAGUGUUUAAAAGCACUCCACUGCGGCUCCACACUAGGAUUCUCCUUAAAAACAAUCAAAGAGGAGCAGGAAGAGACUGAAGUGUCAACCUGCUAUUGCUGUACACAAGAGAGAUGUGUCGAGUACUGUCACAGACUAGCCCUCUUCCUUAAGGACAAGGCCCUCAAGGAGCCUGACGAUGAAGUCUCGCUCUCUGAAGUCUUUCACCACCACCACCAUCACCACCACCAUCAUCAUCACCACCACCACCACCUCCAGACCAGCCACCCGACAGCCAUAACCAUCACGCCGCACACAUACACCUGUUUCCCCAGCUACUGUGUUCACUUCAGCCACCCUGAUGCCUCGCCUUCCUCCAUGACACCCCUCGCUUUAUGUCCAAAGAGCAGCAAGAGACCCAAACUGCUACCCAGCUCUAGCACACAGCCCUCAGGGAUUUCUCACCCAGUCUACUGCUGCACCUCCGUGGAAGCGUGCUAUGGAGAGCCCUGCAGGAUCAACAGCUAUUCCGCCUACGGCAGUGUCAUUCCUGCCAUUGCCAGAGGAGGUUGCAGCAAAUGCAGCCACAGCGUUAACAGAGACGACUACUCAUCAACCCUCAAUGACCAUCACAGCCCGUCCUCCAUCCCCAUCUGUCCCAGCCCAAGAAUCCUCACUGGCUGCCCCAUUCCCGCUGUGCCUCCAGCCGGCCAAUCAGUGCCCCCAGUUCAGACGCCGCUGUCCGACCCCAGCCAACCGCAGCAACCACCCCUGCAGGUGGCCAAGGAGUGUCCACAGAGUGCCAAGCCGCCCAGCGGGUCUAGGUCUGGCGCACGCAGCAGCGGCGGUGGCGGCAUCAGCUCGGUUGUGUUCCCUCUCAAAAAGGAAAAGAAACAGAAGCUCGGUUCUGCCGGCGCCAGGGGCCAAGCGGUUGCCAAGCAGCAGAAGAACGGCCGCCAAAAGAGUACCAACGGCUGGCGACCCGUCGGCAUCCCCUUUGAAAAAGAGGUUUUCUGUCUGGGAGAGGAAACUCUGGUGCCGAGGAAGUGCUUCCAGGGAGUCCAGAGGGAUGGCGAGCUGAUUCGGGUCAGGGACACUGUCUUGCUGAAAUCUGGACCGAGGAAAAAGUCACUGCCUUAUGUGGCUAAGAUCUCAGCUCUUUGGGAGGAGCCUGAGACAGGAGAGUUGAUGAUGAGUUUGUUUUGGUACUACCGUCCAGAACACACACAGGGGGGACGCAGUCUUAAUGUGCAUUGUCAGAAUGAGAUCUUUGCAUCUCGUCACCAGGAUGUGAACAGUGUGGCCUGUAUUGAAGACAAAUGCUAUGUCCUAACACUGGCACAGUAUUGUCGAUUUUGUGCCUUGGUAAAACGCCGAGGGGAGGGCGUACCCGACAGCGCUGCCUCUCUUCUGGUGCCGCCCAUUGUUGGUCACGCCACACCCAGCCACCGCUGCGUUCCCGACGAUGUCGAUCCGGCGCUGGUGUUUUUCUGUCGACAUGUCUACGACUUCCGCUAUGGACGCCUCCUCAAGAACCUGCAGUAGCGUCCGAGGAUGACGACAGAACAACACAUCCAGCGAGCUAGUACCAGAGACGUUUAGAUAAGAUUACGCCUGAUUCAUCCGCCUCUGCUUUAAUUAGCGCCGAUCCUGCUGAAGGAGAGACGGGAUGUUUUGGAAUGAAGGAUAGCGAGAUUGUGUUGUUUUCACACUGACACACACUUAUGAAGUAAGCGUAAAAAGUCUGACACAUUUACCUGAGUUGAAUCCUACAUGGCUUUCCGUUGUUGCCACUGAGCAUCGUCGUCGUUGAACAUUCUCCUACAGGUCUUAGAAAUGUGCCAAUUCAUGGACACAUGGAACGAUAUUCCGACCCAAGCAUCAACAAGCAAAAUAGCUU